UGCUUGCUGUACUUUAGCAUUAACGCGCAAACCAUAGCUACCUUGAGCAACCUGCAACCUUAACAAACAUCAACUUCUUUAUCGCCAUCAACAGAUUAACUCAUACUUACCACUUACGAUCGUCGUCUACCAUAAAUUCGGCUCCAUUACUCAAAUACAACUUCCAAAAGAAAGAUUUCGCACAUUUGCCAAACGGCAGCCAAUCCGACAAGAUGGUUCUCGAAGCAGUAAUGGUUGUGGUGGAUAACAGUGAAAGCAGUCGAAAUGGAGAUUAUACACCAACACGUUAUGAAGCGCAAUCAGAUGCCGUUUCUUGGAUUUUUUCUACCAUCACUCAAGCCAAUCCAGAAUCUUCAGUUGGUUUAAUGUCCAUGGGGGGUAAAGGACCAGAGGUUCUUGUUACCUUAACAACUGAUCAUGGAAAGAUCUUGGAUGGAUUACAUCGUACUAAGACUAAGAUUCGUGGAUCUAGUCACUUAGCUACUGGUAUUCAAAUCGCUGGUUUGGCACUCAAACACCGACAAAACAAAUCCCAACGUCAACGCAUAAUUGUUUUUACUUGCUCUCCAAUCGCAGAAGACGAAAAAUCACUUGUCAAGCUCGCCAAAAAGAUGAAGAAAAAUAACGUUUCGAUCGAUUUCGUUGUAUUCGGAGAACUUGAUGAUGAUGUCACCAAAAAAUUGACAGCCUUCAAUGAGAAUGUCAAGGGAGGUGAUGGAUCACAUUUGGCCAUCAUUCCACCAGGACCUCAGCUUCUUAGUGAUCAGUUAAUGACUUCACCAAUUCUAAAUGGGGAUGGAGCUACAGGAGGAGUUGGUAUGGGUGGAGCCGAAACAAGUGGUGAUGCAGGCGCAUUUGAAUUUGGUAUCGAUCCAAGCGUAGACCCAGAGUUGGCAUUAGCAUUGAGAAUGAGUAUGGAGGAUGAGAAAGCUCGGGUUGAGAAAAACGAGAAGGAUCGACUAGAGAAGGAAGCAGCGGAGCAGUCUGCAUUAGGAGAGAUUAAGGAAGAGGAUGAGGCAUCUGCACCUCUAUUGAAUAAGGACGGAGAAGCUAGUGGGAGUGGAGACAAGAAAGACGAUGAUAAAAUGGAUACGGCUUAGAUGAGGAGUUGAAGUAUAUGGCGGGGAAAUGAAUUGAUGGAUUGCUAAUUGAAUGAAUGGUUGGGGCUGCAUGGCAAACUGGCGUUUGGUAUGUACCAAUAGAUAUCAUAUACAAUGGUAUUUGGCUCUUCUGCCAACAAAUUACUUCUAGUUUGUAUACUCCUUGACUCCUUUGAAGUUUGGCCUGUGAAAUAUCGGCGCGUAUGCUCAAUAUAAUGCUUAAGUCCCAACAAGUUCCUUCUAUGCCCGAAAUUAUGUCCACAUUUCCCUUCGCAUUCUUAGUCCUAAUGUGAGAGAUCUGAUCAGGUACUCCUGUAUCCUGUAUCAGAUCCAGAGACAUUCCCCGCUUCUUCAAUAAGUGGGAAUACAACCUCUGAGCCCACGAUACCACCUCGCUUUUCCCCAAGUCCGUUGGCUCUCCACGUGAAUCCAUCGAUCCAUCGAUCCAUCUGCCCAUAACCCCCUUCCAAAUUACCUCAUGU